GGGUGGGAGGGUAAGGACGCCACCGCGCUUGCGCGCUUCUUCUGCUUUACUUGUUUCAGUCAGUCUGUGGGAGGUGGCCGGGUCGAGACGCAGGCCUUCCCCAGUAGCAAGUUCCUGUGAAGACACUUAGAGAGAUGAACGGGUUCGGCGUCGGGAUGGCGGCCGGGGUGGCGACUCCACCGCCGUUGAAGACCAGCAGCCACGAAAACCUCGAUAAGAUUGAUAUGUCUCUGGAUGAUAUCAUCAAAUUGAAUAAGAAGGAAGAAAGAAAGCAGAAUUUUCCAAAAUUGAAUAGAAGACUUAAACAUACUGGUACCCGGCAAUUCAGGAUGAGAGUAGCCAGAUGGGGACUACACCAACAGACUGGUUUUGGCAAAAAUGGUUUGGGCCGCAGAGGAAGAAUGGGCCCUGGAAAGAGACGUUCGUAUGGAGUUAUCACUGGCCUGGCAGCUCGGAAAGCAAAUGGGGUUCGUAAAGGAAUUAGCCCUAUCAUUCGACCACCUUUAAUUGAGAAGAACAUACAGCGAUAUUAUCCAAUGUUAAAAAGGAAGACAAACCUUCAGAGGCAAAAUGACAUGCAGAGGAAAUCAAUCCCAGUUCUCAGGAGGCCUAACCAGUUAAGCAGAAGGAAUAAUGUUCCAGUCAAUUUCACCAGGAGUGGGACUAAAUUAAAUCAGCAAAAAGACACACGCCAGGCAACCUUUCUUUUCAGAAGAGGCCUAAAGGUUCAGGCCCAGAUGCACCCAGGACAACUAUCAGACAAACCAACAGCUAAGAGAACUCGUCAAUGGCGAACUUCUACCACAAAUGGAGGGAUUUUGACUGUAUCCAUUGAUAAUCCUGGAGCAAUUCAUCCUUCAGUAGCUCAGAGACCCCGUUUAACUCGUACUCCUAUACCAUCAUUUCUGAUGAAAAGGGAUCACCCUGAAGAGAAGAAGAUUCCUAAAGGAGUUCCCUUACAAUUUGACAUAAACAGUGUUGGAAAGCAGACGGGGAUGACUUUGAAUGAGCGAUUUGGAAUCCUGAAGGAACAAAGAAUUGCUCUCACUCAGAACAAAGGAAGCCGAUUUGUGACUGUGGGAUAGAUUGUCAAGGGGACAUUUGAGUGACAACUACUUGUUUUGAAAAGUUGAGUUGACAGAAGACAGUAUGUCCCAGAAAUUCCAUGGAACUUUGUUUCGAUACUGACAAAUCUAAAUAACUUUUACUGCUUUUACUUUGGAAUAGUAUUUUUUUUUUAAUGUAUGAAGUAAUCCCCUGAGAGAACACCGGGGAAAUCCUGAUACGUUCUUAAAGGUGUCAUUUUUGGUCUGACAGAAAAUUCUACAUGGACUUAAUUGGAUGAUAAAGAGCUAGCAUCCUUCUAUGGUUCCUCAUGCACCAUACAUGCAACAGACUUGUAGAAGUUAAUUAUUUUUAUGAUAGUGCUAUUUGGUAUCUUUUUUUUCCUUCACCCAUUCAGAUUGCAUAGACAUGUCCAUUGUAAAUCAUUUUAAAGAGGUAUGAGUGUAUCAUACUUUUUUGAUUGGCAAUUGACAUGAAUGGAUUUCAUCAGCAGGAGUACAAAAACAUUCAUCAAGAAAUUUAGUUUCAAUGUUUGCAUGUGUGUACCUGAAGCCUCUUGUAAACCUAAUUGAGGUAUUUUUUUUAGACAAUGGGUCCAUAACAGAAGGUAAAUUUCCCAGUAUAGCUUUUUACUUUUCUAGAAUAAGUCUGUAGUGACUAUAUUUUAGCAAGAGAUUUGACUCCUGGCAGUAGUCUCGGUGUGUUUAAAGGUUGUAAAUGCAUGUUUGCAUAAUUACCUAUAGUAACCUUGGGGGAGAAUAACUACUAUAAAAAUUCCCACUUUUAAGUUUUUAUCAAAUGAAGGAGAUGAAAAGGGAAAUAAUUUAAGGAAUGGCUAGUCAAAGAAAGCUUCACUUCUAGGUCAUAUAUAUUGACUAGCCUGCCCUUAGGCCUAACCUGGUGUUUAAAUCAUAUUUUAAAACAGUUCACAGAAAUUGAAUCUACCUUUUUUUAGAACUCUCAGCAGUACAGUUAACAUCCAUAAGGUUACUGAGCUCUCCCAUCUGGGAUGUUUAAAUUUUACAUUCAUUAAACACACUGGGAAAAAAUGUUGGUGACCCCUUAAAAAGAAAACAGCUUUUGUAAAUUUAAACUUGUCAAAUAGGAAAAAGAAGACAUAGUAAACAGGGUGAGCUGUAACCUUGUUUUAUACUUGUGACCAACUUCACAUUAAUGGAGUGAUUUUGAGACACAGAGAGAAAUGGUCAUUUUAUUUGGGUUUUAAGGGGUCUGUGCUUGAGGGAUCUUAGAUGGUUGUGUACCAUGAGUGGUCUGAUGCCAAAAUACAGAGGAACAUUUCAUCUACAGGUCUUUUCAUUUCUAAACCUGACUAUUUUGAUGUGCCAUGUCAUGUUUAAAAGGAAAAAAAAAGGAUGAUAGGGAUUUUACAUCACAUUAAGAGUAUUGGCUUUAUUUUCCUAUUAAAAGAAAAUAUUCCCCCCAUCCCAUCUCCUCAGUUUUUCCAGUUACCCCCCCCCCCCCCAUCUCUUGCCCCUUCUGGAUUUUUUCCUUGGUCUCUUCAAAAGCCUAGUGGUAGAAAAGCUAUCAAUGCCAUUUAUGUGCAUAUACCAAAGAAGUCAAAUCUGAAUGAGAGGAACUUCCAGGUUUAUACUGAUAAAGAAUUAUAGGGAGUUAGCCACAGAAUCCAAAAGUAAAUUAAAAUUGCUCUUAGGGCAUUUAUGCUUCUAACAGAGACCAGGAACCCAUUUCAAAUCAUUUUCAUAGAUACAAAGUUUAUGGUCAAUCCAGGAAUAAUGGGAUUUAAACUGAGGAUGGUCCAGCUUGAUUGAUGGCUUUAAAAAAAGAUAAAACCAAAACCUGAGUACAAGUUUGCUACCAUAAUCUUUUGUGGAAAAGAUUAGAUUGAAAGGGGAAUAAAGUUUAUUUUAAUUUUUCUAUUGCAUUAGUCUUGGAAACGAAUCUACAAAAGUAAUAUAGGUGAUGUUUUAUUUUGAAAUCCCUAAUUAGAUAGUGACAUUAAAUACAACAAGCAACAGGACUGGUUUUGGUUUCUCAAGCUUUUUGUCCUAAUGCUUCUAUAACAUUAUUCAACCUAAAGUUUUCUUUUAAAAAACAAAUUUGCAUUUGCUACAACUAAGUUGAAAUUCUUGACUUUUAACAAACAUAGAAAAUGGUCAG